GGCUUGAAGAACAACAACAAAUCCAUUGGUCGGUCCUAUUGACAGCAUGACAAGUUCGACCUCAAACUGGCUCGUCAAAACUAAAAAGCCUUAAAGAUGAUUUCAGCUACCCAUGGGAUAGAAUCUCUCCAAAAUACUCGAGGGGCAUCUUCGACGUCUCAUGCUCCAUCACUGGCACCUCGGGAUAUAGAACCUCCACCUCCCAUACCCCCUCGUCCUGGUAGCCCCGCUUCCGCCAACUCAGUAACCAAAGAGCCCAGUCAGUCUAGGUCCGUUCCAUCCCAACCAAAGGGAAAAGAACGCGAGGUACCUGAACUUCCUACCGAAACUAUCAAAGAUGGUAAGGGGGAAAAGCUGUUUUAUAGAACAUUUCGUGGAGAAGAGAAGGAUCUAGAGAACAUAAUGAAACUCGUAGAGGAAGAAUUGUCCGAACCAUAUAAUGUCUAUACCUAUCGAUAUUUCUUGUUCGAUUGGCCGCAUCUAACAUUUCUGGUCUUCCCUUCCCCAACCUCUACCAGAGCAAUAGCGACCAUAAUAUGUAAACAGGACAUGCAUCGAGGCACCAACAGGGGCUAUAUCGGCAUGCUUAGCGUCGCAAAGGAUUAUAGAAGACGAGGUAUAGGAAGGAGGCUUGUGGAAAUAGCGGUAGAGGAAAUGGCGAAGCGGGGGGCCAAGCAAGUCAUGCUUGAAACAGAGUAUGAUAACGAGACGAGUUUAGCACUAUAUGACAAGCUGGGGUUCUUGAGAGAGAAGCGGUUACAUCGGUUUUACUCUAAUGAGAAAGAUGCUUUUCGAUUGAUAUUACCCAUAGACACCGAGGAUGAACACGACGAGGUACUUUCUCAACAAUUAGAAAGAACAGGCCCAGGUCUGGGACAUAUUGACGAAGAAGACGAAAUGUCACCGUACUUCACAUGAUAUGAAGAAAUGCGGGCAAAGCAGCAUAUGUAUGAUAAUUUAAUAUACAUUCAUAAAAUCCCAAUUAUCAGCAUUUCGGCAAGCCCGAGGAAAUAUAUAAACUAAUUAGGAAGUAUCCAGACAAAACGAAAGCGCGAAAGCUACUUGAUGUAUACCUUUCCGGAAGGAAAUUACUCUGAGGCUUCACUUUCACCCUCAUCCACAUCCAUCUCCUCAUCCUUCUUCUUCUUUUCUGCUUUUUCUCUUCGA